AUGUCUCUUGCGUCGCAAGAGUUCUUUCCUGCGCGAGAUACCAGCUCCGAUACGCCCAGAUCGUCGCAAGAGCGGCGCUGCUACUCGUCGCCCACGUCCGUGGAGAGCUACGACAAGACGAAACCACAAGACUUCAAAGACGCGGCAAUGAGUCCGCUGUGUCCGCUGGACGGAGACCGCCGCGACAGCAGCGGCGCAGCAGAGCAGCCUGCACCCGGCCCGCUGCGCCAAGUGCGGCCGCGCGGCGGCUCGGCGGUCGACGACCAGGACAGCAUCAUUGACCGCAGAAGCGUGGUAGAAAACGGGUCGUUCAUUCAGGGUUUGAACGACGACGACAAAGUGCUUCUCAACAGCAACACCUCGCGCCACAAGCCGUCCCGCAGGGCAACCCAGGACUCGCUGCGCCAAUUCCCAUUCGACUCCGGAAAGCACGCCAAGAUUGUGCCCGUGGCUGAUCCAGAGGAGGAAAGCCCCGGCGCCGCCGCCUCGCCCGCCGAUGCGGUUGCAGACGCAGACGCAGAGCUCGAGGAGCUUGACAACGUAGCCACACUGCGACGCUCCAGGCCCUCUCGCGCCAGCUCCACACGCUCUUUCGGCACCAGUAACAGGCCUGGUGCCAUCAGCGACGGCUCACUGAAGAGGUCCGAAUCCGCCACGGCCGAAAUCAAGAAAAUGCGCGAGUCUCUAUUGCACAAGCGCGAGAUGCGCAAGAAACAGCGCAACUUCCUGGACGACGACCGCGUGCUGAUUGGCAACAAGGUCAGCGAGGGCCACGUUAACUUUACCAUCGCCUACAACAUGCUGACCGGCAUCAGGGUCGCUGUGUCCCGGUGUUCGGGCAUUAUGAAGCCGCUCACGCCCCGCGACUUCCGGAUGACCAAGAAGCUGGCGUUUGAUUUCCACGGCAACGAGCUCACGCCAAGCUCUCAAUAUGCAUUCAAGUUCAAAGACUACUGUCCAGAAGUUUUCCGGGAGCUCCGCGCGCUCUUUGGUCUCGACCCUGCGGACUACCUAAUGUCUCUGACCUCCAAGUACAUCCUCAGCGAAUUGAACUCUCCCGGGAAAAGCGGCUCAUUUUUCUACUUUAGCAGGGACUACAAGUACAUCAUCAAGACCAUCCACCACGCGGAACAUCAGCACCUGCGCCGAACGCUGAAGGAGUACUACACACACAUCAAAGAAAACCCCGAUACGCUGGUCUCCCAAUUCUACGGACUGCACCGUGUGAAGAUGCCAAUCUCGUUCAAAAGCAAGAUCAAGCACCGAAAGAUAUACUUCCUGGUAAUGAACAACCUGUUCCCACCUCACCUGGAGAUCCACGCGACCUUCGAUCUGAAGGGCUCGACGUGGGGCCGCUACACGAAGGUGUACAACCCUCCACAGAACCCGGACGAAGAAGCCCACAGGCCGGUUCUCAAAGACCUGAAUUGGCUGGAAGAACAACGCAGUAUUUUGUUUGGGCCUGUUAAAAAGAAGAAGUUCCUUCAGCAACUGGAAAGGGACGUGGACUUGCUCGCGCGCCUGAACAUCAUGGACUAUUCCUUACUGUUGGGCAUACACGACAUGGAAAAGGGUAAUGAUUUAAUAGAUGAACGCAAUAGGUUAACCAUGUUCAAUCCCAGCCAGCCACAGUUGAAGGAAGUUAGACGCAAGUCUGUGGCCGAAGAACAGAUGCGGAAUAAGUCCAAAACGGCUGUCGAGCGAUUUUUUCAGCAGGAUGAGGGCGGUAUACGUGCAUCUGACCAGUUCAAUAACGACCUCAACACCAUUUACUACGUCGGAAUCAUUGACUGUCUCACAAACUACUCCUGCAUAAAGAAGCUCGAAACGUUCUGGCGCGGGCUUAAUCACGACCUGAACGAGAUAAGUGCGGUCCCUCCACGCGAUUACGGCAGCCGCUUUUACGAUUUUAUGGCUGCGUCUGUAAACAGAACCCCGGUCCAACGCUACAAAGAUAAUCCAAAGGUCAAGGAGUUCAAGGACAGCCCUGCCCCCAGGAAAACAACUAAAGAAGAAUGA